UCGACCAUGACACAACAGUGACCGCAAACCUCCCCUUAGUUUUAGUUUUAGUUUUGGAAAAUAGGAGAUCCAUGCGCAUCGGCUUAAGAUUCAUCGGCCAUAAAGCUGGUGGUUGUGGUUACACUUGCCGGGCGCUCCUUCCGAAGUCACCCAGCUCUCGUGCCCAGCUCCGCGUUAUUUUCGUCCCUCGUGAGCCGACCGGCACUCCCACUACCCAAACACGCACCAUUACCCAAUCAGCUCCAGUAGCGCUAGCUUGUCCCCGGCCCAGCAUUGCCAGACUGAGCGCAGACGACGUCGUCAGAAUGGCUUCGAAUGGUAUUAAAGCUACCGAGGACCCCGUCAUUCGAACAGCAAGCCCAGCUCCUUUGGCCCAAGACUUUGCCCGUCAACAGGUGUCAAAACAACAGCGUUCCAAUUUCCACUCGUCUUCCAUCUCUCCACUCAUAUCCAACACCAUGGUUUCUCAAAGCGUCAACAAGACCAACCUCCAUCCUUCCGGCGUUGCGCCGAACAAGGAACACACGGAGAUUGAAGAAGCUCUCCACGACAAGGCACACAUCGACUAUGACCGUGUAGCCAUUAUCGCCAACCCUUCAGUCGCUGCCCUCUACGAAGAUGCGCUCGUAUAUGAGACUGGUUCAGCCAUCACAGCUUCAGGUGCCCUCUCAGCAUACUCAGGAGCGAAGACUGGCCGCUCACCCUCGGAUAAGCGCAUCGUCGAGGAAGACACGUCAAAAGACGAUGUCUGGUGGGGCCCAGUCAACAAGCCGAUGAAGACCGACGUCUGGCGUAUCAACCGUGAGCGUGCUAUCGACUACCUCAACACCAGGAACCGCAUCUACGUCGUCGAUGGCUUUGCCGGCUGGGAUGAGCGCUACAGGAUACGCGUACGAGUCGUCUGCGCUCGUGCCUACCAUGCUCUCUUCAUGCGCAACAUGUUGAUCCGUCCUUCAAGAGAAGAACUGGAACACUUCGAGCCUGACUACACUAUCUACAAUGCUGGUGCUUUCCCUGCCAACAGGUACACGAGUGGUAUGACCUCGUCAACGUCCGUUGCCCUUAACUUUGCCGACAAGGAGAUGGUUAUCCUCGGUACCGAAUACGCUGGUGAGAUGAAGAAGGGCAUUUUCACUGUGCUCUACUACGAGAUGCCCGUCAAGCACAACGUCCUCACUCUGCAUUCGUCAGCGAACGAGGGUAUCGAGAACAAGGAUGUUACUGUUUUCUUCGGUCUUUCCGGAACCGGCAAGACCACUUUGUCUGCCGACCCCAAGCGUGCCUUGAUCGGUGACGACGAGCAUUGCUGGAGUGACACUGGUGUCUUCAACAUUGAGGGUGGCUGCUAUGCCAAGUGCAUUGGUCUCUCUGCUGAGAAGGAGCCAGACAUUUACGGCGCCAUCCGCUUCGGAUCCAUCCUCGAGAACGUCGUUUUUGACCCUACAACCCGUGUUGUUGAUUACGACGAUGACACCCUGACCGAGAACACUCGCUGCGCCUACCCCAUCGAGUACAUUGAGAACACCAAGAUCCCCUGCAUCUCAGACGGCCACCCCAAGAACAUUGUCCUCCUUACCUGCGACGCUCGCGGUGUCCUUCCUCCUAUCUCCAAGCUCAGCCCCGAGCAAACCAUGUACCACUUUAUCUCUGGUUACACCUCCAAGAUGGCCGGUACCGAGCAGGGUAUCACCGAGCCCCAAGCUACCUUCUCCUCUUGCUUCGCUCAACCCUUCCUCGCCCUGCACCCAAUGCGCUACGCCAAGAUGCUUGCGGAGAAGAUUCAGCAACACGGCGCCAACGCCUGGCUCCUCAACACCGGCUGGGUCGGUGCCGGUGCCACCACAGGCGGCAAGCGUUGCCCUCUCAAGUACACCCGUGCUAUCCUCGACGCCAUUCACUCCGGCGAGCUCGCCAACGUCGAAUACGAAACCUACGAAACCUUCGGUCUCUCCGUCCCCAAGACCUGCCCCAACGUCCCUGACGAGCUGCUCAACCCCGCCAAGUCAUGGAACGGUACCGCCGACUUCAAGGGCGAAGUCGAGAAGCUCGGCAAGCUCUUCAUGGAGAACUUCAAGAAGUACGAAGACCAGGCCACCAAGGAGGUUAUCGAGAGUGGUCCACACGUAUGCUGCUGCCCCAAGCACUAGAUGGUUGAUUUCAGUUCCGACAUAUCUUUCUUACUUUUUUGACAGACUGACUAGCGGUUUUCCUUUACUAUCUCGCGGUCGAGCGAUCACUCCAAUCGACGUCAGCGGCUAUUCCUUUCACCACUUGGUUAUGGGCAAAAAAGCCCAUGGAUGGAUGCAGGAUAUG